AUGAUGGCCUCCAACCUGAAGGGCGCUGCUGCCUCGUGGUACCAUGCACGUAUUGCUGUGGAGGGCAAGCAAUUUCUACCUUGGAAGAGCUACGCGACGCCCUCGUAUCCGAGUUUGUACCGCCUGACCAGCAGUUUCGUGUUCUCGCCGCUCUCAAGAAGUGUCACCAGACAGGAUCUAUUGACGAGUAUGUAUCACGCUUCCGAUAAUUGA